AUGUUCUGGUGCUCAUGUGUCAAGAGAUACAAAAGGAGUUCUCUCUGCUUAUAGGAUUAAAAAAAAAUUGUCAUGCUGACCUCAAAGAGGAAGUCUUGUGCUUGGACAAGAACCUUGCGACACACAGUUUGAUAGAGGCAGAAACUUUUAUUUCAUCAUUUCUGAAAAAGAAGAGUAGUAACGGAAGCAAGUGAAAUGUUUGGUCUUGGACAAUUGCGCCUUGUUGCCAGAAUUUUUCUUCAAAGUUUAUACAUCGGUCUCCUGUGAGUUGGUUGGUAGGAAUCCGUUCUGAAUCAGUCAAUUCUUGGUGCCCUGAUAAAAUCAAAUCUGUGUACCUGCAAACCUGAGGGCUGGCUGCUGAGCUGCAGUAACUACACCAGGGGAAGACAGCAUGGGACAAACGGAUUCUACACCUAAACCCAACACUGGCAGACGAGCCACCUCCACCACAGCAGCCCCAACGACCACCUCUGCACCAUGUCUCUCUAACAACCUUGCCGACAAGGAAUAUUUAAUCUUGGCCUUUUGUUCUGGGGUUCUACUGACACUGCUGCUGCUGGCACUUGCCUUCCUUGUCAUAAAGAGCUACAAAAAAUGUUGCUCCAGUCCCCAGGCCCUGGAGCCUCACUCAGGUCCUCCGGCCAAGCUUUCAUCCAUCCCAGAGGAAUCACUUACCUAUGCCAGAAUGACUUUCAAAACCUCAGAAGAAAAGGGCAAUCACUUGACUAAGAACUGUUCUGCAGACUCGGACCUCACAGUCUAUACUCAAAUUAAAGCAGCACACUCACUCUGCCUUUCCGAUGAGGCUUGAAUCCAGUUCUCCGCAUCUCAGUGCUAUCUUCAUACACGUUUUUCUUUAACAAAUUUUAGACCACAGCCUGUGUGAAACUGCAGUCAGAGCUGUUUAGGUGUGAUCUGGCAAUGCUAUCCAGCAGUAUUGAAGACCAGUGUUCAGUCUUUUGCCUGGCCAGAGAAAAGCUUGCUGGCCCUUCCGCUGGAACUGACAGACUGUUAGCCCCGUGAGGGCUGAGACUGCUUCCCUCACGCCCUUCCAAAAUGUGUGACUCAGAGCACAGAGUAUUCACCCAGCGUCGGGGAUCAACUUGGGAGGAGUCAACCAAAUGAACCAUCUAUCAAGAAUUUCAAAUAAAGGCAAACCCUCCAC